AUGGAAAGUGCAUAUGAUAGUUUUGGAGCCAAUACGAACAUGGAAAGUGAACAUGAUACCAGAACUAUAACAACCACACCUGAAGCCAUACAAGAAGAUGAAGAACUUGAAGUGCUUGAUAAUGAUGUAUUCUUGACUGGGUCUUCAUCAGAUGAAGGAAAUAAGGGUCAACGUAGGAAAACUAUCAAAGCUAUACGAAGGGCACAUGCUAAUGAGAAUGUCCAGGUACAAAAUCGUAACCCAGACACCACUAUCAUUGUUGAUGUCGAGAGUGAACCCAAUCCAGAUGUUGAUACAAGAAUCUUCAGGCGUGUGUAUGCCUGUCUUGGUGAUUUGAAGAAGGGAUUUGUACCAGGAAAACAAGACUUUCCAGGUCAUAAUACGACGACCUGCAAAGGGCAAAGACUAAAUGUUGGUAAUGAUGGUGGAAAGGCUAGAGAGAAAGACAAUGGCAAAACAAAAUGGAAGGAGAAGGGCAAAACAAAAGGGGAAAAAAGGAAAGGGAAGGGAACAACUGGAAUUGGAAUUUGGUUAUCUUUUGGAUUUCUUUUCAUGUAA